AUAAAUAGCCCCCCUCUCACAUUGUUAUUGUCACCAAGUUCAUCAAAGAAAAAAAAAAAAAAGAUAAAAGAGAGAAAAGAGUUGAUGGGAGAUUUGGGGGAUGUUUUGUAGUGACUGAGCCACCACCAGAGCUCGCCGGAGUCGCCUCACGCAGUGAUCACGUCCAGCUUGUCACCACCGAUCGCAGCCCUAGACCAUCAUCGUGUUCCUCUCGACGAGACGAAGCCAUAGCCACCGAAAUCGUCGAAAUCGGAGCUCAGACGAAGCCGUACGAGCCUCCAGAAGAUCAGCCUUCGCGCGCGCGUGAAACAGACGCUCCGCCGUCACCUCGCCGGAGCCGCCGCGUCCGGCCGCCGUCAGUUCGCCGCCGGGAGUCCGCCGCCGCGUCGCCACCGCACCGCCGCCGCCGCCGGUGACUUUUCCGAUUUGGAGUCUAUUUGAGCAUCUGGAGUUCAUAGAUACCACUUCUCUACAUUUUCUAAGAUGCCGCCGAGGAGAGCUACUCGUGCCCAGAUCGCCAGAGAUGCUAGAGAGGCUCAGGAUGAGCAUGUUCAGCCCGCGGUUCCUCAGGUUGACCAGGAGGCUAUGAGACAGAUGGUUCAGGAUGCUGCUAGACAGGCUGCUCAGGAGGCAGUUCAGCAGAUUGCUCAGGAGACAGCCAGGCAAGCCGCUCAAGAGGCUGCCCGGGUAGCUGCACAGGAGGUUGCUCGUCAGAUGGCUGCAGUUCAGCAGGGUCCUCAGGUUCAGAUGCAGCAGGGUCCGCAGAUUCAGGUUCAGCAGGCUCCACCAGUUCAGGUUCAGCAGGCUCCACCAGUUCAGGCUCAGCAGGAUCAUCAGAUUCCAGAUCAGCAGGUUCCUCUUCCUCAGGUCCCAUUGCAGCAUGUUCCAGCUCAGCAGUUUGCUCAGGGUGUUCAGGAUCUACCGCCACCACCACCGCGACCCCAGGUUUACCAGGCUUAUGAUGAGACAUUCUACAGAUUGACGCGCCAUAUGAGAGACAUGGAUAUGGAGCAUUUUAGCGGGACAAUAGAUCCCAUAGCAGCGCACGAUUGGAAGUUAGCGCUUAAGCGGAAGUUGGAGAUUAUUGAGUGUCCACCGGAGUUGUCUCUCAGAUUGACUAUGCAGUACUUGCGUGGAGAUGCUCUUGUUUGGUGGGAAGGAAUUCGAUUGGAUCAUGAUGGACUCGAGAGGCUUACUUUUGAAGAUUUCAUCCGGGAGUUUGAUAGGAAGUACUUUCCGGAAGAGGCUAUGGAUAAGCAGAAGAGUGAUUUUGAUCAUAUAAGCCAGGGGGAGAUGUCAGUAAGAGAAUAUGAGCGGAGGUUUAACCAACUUCGCAGAUUUGCUGGAGGUGGUAUUACAGAAAAAGAUUUGAUCAGGAGGUUUUUGAAGGGGAUGCGAGUGGAUAUUCGCAACAGAUGCCGUGUUGUUACUUACCAGAGAUUGGGAGAUUUGGUGGAGAAAGCCGCUGAGCAGGAAGAAGGUUUGGCAGAAGAGAAGAAGCUUACUAGAGCUGCUCAGAUUAAGUCUGGGAAAGCUCCGGAGUCCCAGAGGAGAGCCGGAGAUCAGUCUGGAUCACAGGGUUGUCCACGUUGUCGUCGCCGUCAUAGCGGAAAAUGUGUCAAGUGUUUUGCUUGUGGUCAGUGGGGACACACUUCGAGGUAUUGUCAGGUUAAGCCAGUGGAUACGCCUCCAGUCAGACAGGUUGCAGCACCAGCAGUGACCAACAUGAUUUGUUACGGCUGUAAGCAGCCGGGUCACAUCUUCAGAGAUUGCCCGAGGAGGGACAAUGUAGCGCUUCCACCACCACCGAAGCGCCUAGCCAUCGCUCCACGUGUGUUUACAGUUGGAGAUGCCCAGGGAGCCGAGCCGAUAGCGGGAUUGGUUUCGGUUGGAGGUGAGCCAGCUCACACCUUAUUCGAUUCGGGAGCUUCUCACAGUUUUGUGAGCCCGCGUUUGGUCAAAUCGUGGUCUUUCCGAGGUGUCUUCGAACCGAAGGCUAAGCAGAUUCAGACCGCCGGAACAGAGAGAUUGGGAACAAUCGGAGUUCAUCGUAAUGUACCAGUUAUGCUUGGAGGAGUUGACUUGCUUGGAGAUUUGACGGAGAUGGAGAUGAGUUUCUACGACGUCAUACUUGGGAUGGAUUGGUUGACGAGACAUCGAGUUGUAUUAGAUUGCCCGGAAGCAAGAGUUAGUAUUCCAAGAGCAGAGGGAAAGAUUACAUUUGAGGGAGCCCAGACAUAUCAAGGGGUUUCUAUCGUCUCCAUGUUGCGUGCAGAGGAUUUACUAGACAAAGGAGCUGAGGGAUUUUUGGCGACCAUUUCGAUGGUUAAUGAUGAUGAUCAGCAGGAGCUGCAUGAUAUUCCAGUAGUUGCUGAGUAUGCAGAUGUUUUUGAGGCCUUAAAAGGGCCACCGCCAGCUAGAAGUGACGUUCUUACUAUCGAGGUGGAACCAGGGACAGCACCAGUUUCACGAGCUCCUUACCGUUUAGCUCCAGCAGAGAUGGCUGAGUUGAAGAAGCAGUUGGAGGAAUUAUUAGACAAGGGUCUUAUCAGGCCGAGUACUUCACCGUGGGGAGCACCAGUAUUGUUUGUGAAGAAGAAGGAUGGGAGUCUCAGGCUUUGUAUCGACUACAGAGGGUUGAACAAAGUUACCAUCAAGAAUAAGUAUCCACUUCCGCGUAUCGAUGAGUUGUUAGAUCAGUUGCAGGGAGCUUCAUGGUUUUCUAAGAUUGACUUAGCGUCAGGAUACCAUCAGAUUGCUAUAGCUGAGGGUGAUGUGCGGAAGACGGCUUUCCGUACACGCUAUGGACACUAUGAGUUUGUUGUGAUGCCAUUUGGGUUGACGAACGCACCGGCAGCAUUCAUGAAGCUAAUGAAUGAUGUGUUCCGCGAGCAUUUGGAUAAGUGUGUGAUCGUUUUCAUCGACGAUAUCUUGAUUUAUUCUCGGAGUAGAGAAGAGCAUGCUGAGCACUUACGGAUUGUGUUGGGGAAGCUUAGAGAACAUCAGUUGUUUGCUAAGUUGAGUAAGUGCAGCUUCUGGCAGAGAAAGAUUGGAUUUUUGGGUCACGUGGUUUCAGAAGAGGGAGUUGCUGUAGAUCCGGAAAAGAUUAAAGCUAUUUCAGAGUGGCCGACACCUAAGAGUGCGACAGAGAUCCGCAGUUUUCUUGGUUUAGCAGGAUACUACAGGAAUUUUGUCAAGGGUUUUUCUAGCAUUGCAAAGCCAAUGACAAAGUUAACAGGCAAGGACGUCAAGUUUGAAUGGACAGAUGAGUGCUCGGAGAGUUUUGCUGAGUUGAAGCGACAUCUGACACAGACGCCAGUUUUGGCACUCCCGAGGCCAGGGUUUCCAUACGAGGUUUACACCGAUGCAUCAGGUACUGGAUUGGGAUGUGUAUUGAUGCAGGAGGGUAAAGUCAUUGCUUAUGCAUCACGACAGUUGAGGCCUCACGAGGCUAAUUAUCCUACGCACGAUUUGGAGUUAGCGGCCGUUGUCUUUGCAUUGAAGAUUUGGAGAUCAUAUUUGUAUGGAGAGAAGGUGAAGAUUCUCACAGAUCACAAGAGUCUGAAGUACAUCUUUACUCAGACGGACUUGAACUUAAGGCAACGCAGAUGGAUGGAGUUGUUAGCAGACUAUAAUUUGGAGAUCACUUAUCAUCCGGGAAAAGCCAAUCAGGUGGCAGAUGCUUUGAGUAGGCGCAGAAGUGAUGUUUCAGGAACCAGAGAGGUUCAGGAGUUUACUGGGAUGCUAGCUAGUCUCAGAUUGUGUGCCACUUCUGUAGACGGAGAGAUAGUUGGUCUCGAGGCCGUGGAGCAGGCAGAUUUGCUAUGGAGGAUACGCAAAGCUCAGGAGGCAGAUGAGGCUUUGCGUAAGCAGAUUGAGAUCGAGAGUGUUGGAUAUCAUACAGCAUCGAGUGGGAUGUUCAUGUACCGGAACCGGAUUUGUGUGCCCAGUGAUGAGCUGUUAAGAAAGGAGAUCUUACGGCAAGCACACCACUCGCGUUUCUCUAUUCAUCCGGGGAAUACUAAGAUGUACAGAGACUUGAAGCGUUAUUAUCAUUGGCCGGGUAUGAAAAAGGAUGUUGCUACAUUUGUAUCGCAGUGUCAGACUUGUCAGUUGGUGAAGGCUGAGCACCAGGUUCCUAGCGGGUUAUUGCAAAACCUGCCGUUGCCGGAGUGGAAAUGGGACAUGGUGACUAUGGAUUUUGUAUUGGGGUUACCGACUACUUCAGGAGGGAAGAAUGCCAUAUGGGUAAUUGUGGAUAGAUUGACCAAAUCAGCCCAUUUCUUAGCGGUUAAGAAGAACGAUGGAGCGAGUCAAUUGGCACAGAUUUACAUCGAUGAGAUUGUGAGAUUGCACGGAGUUCCUGUCAGCAUUGUAUCGGAUCGAGACGUGAAGUUUACGUCCAUAUUUUGGGGAGCCUUUCAGAAGGCACUUGGGACGAAGGUCCAUAUGAGCACAGCUUACCACCCGCAGACCGACGGUCAGUCCGAGAGGACUAUUCAGACUUUAGAGGAUAUGUUGAGAGCUUGCGUUCUAGAUUGGGGAGGAAGUUGGGCAAAGUAUCUACCUUUAGCGGAAUUUGCCUACAACAACAAUUAUCACUCGAGCAUUAAGAUGGCACCGUAUGAGGCUCUUUACGGUAGACCUUGUCGCACUCCACUUUGUUGGACAGAAGUUGGGGAGCGACGUGAGAUAGAACCAGCAAUGGUGCAAGAGACGGUAGAGCAGGUAGAGAUGCUCAAGAGACGGCUUAAAGAAGCCCAUGACCGCCAGAAGAGUUAUGCAGAUAAGCGGCGAAAAGAUUUGGAGUUCCAGGUUGGCGACCUGGUAUACCUGAAAAUGAGAACGUUUCAGGGAGGAUCUAAGACUCGGAAGCUAAAGAAGCUUAAACCGAGAUACAUGGGACCAUUUCCUAUUUUGGAGCGGAUUGGGGCAGUUGCAUACCGACUGAAUUUAUCGGCAGAGUUAUCAGACUUCCAUGACGUGUUUCAUGUUUCUGUUUUGAGGAAAGUCGUUAGAGAGCCAGAGCUCAUUUUGCAGCAGCCACCAAGUGAUCUUGGCAAAGAUUUAUGUGCGCCGUGUAAGCCAGUGGAGAUUUUGGAUCGCCAAAUGAAAACAGAUAAGGGUAUGAUGACCAUGUUGGUCAAGGUUCGUUGGGAGAGAGACGGGAUCCAGGAGGAGACCUGGGAGCCCGAGCUACAAAUGAGGAUUGACUAUCCAGAGUUGUUUCGGGAUAUUAUCGGACAGUCUAUUGGUGACUCGAAUUCGGGGACGAAUUCCGUGUUAGUGGGGGAGAAUUGUAACGACCCAAUUCCGGCUACCGAGUUUGUUAGCACGCCAACGUCCAUGCACACACCCACAGUGACUGAGCCACCACCAGAGCUCGCCGGAGUCGCCUCACGCAGUGAUCACGUCCAGCUUGUCACCACCGAUCGCAGCCCUAGACCAUCAUCGUGUUCCUCUCGACGAGACGAAGCCAUAGCCACCGAAAUCGUCGAAAUCGGAGCUCAGACGAAGCCGUACGAGCCUCCAGAAGAUCAGCCUUCGCGCGCGCGUGAAACAGACGCUCCGCCGUCACCUCGCCGGAGCCGCCGCGUCCGGCCGCCGUCAGUUCGCCGCCGGGAGUCCGCCGCCGCGUCGCCACCGCACCGCCGCCGCCGCCGGUGACUUUUCCGAUUUGUAGUCUAUUUGAGCAUCUGGAGUUCAUAGAUACCACUUCUCUACAUUUUCUAAGGUGAGGGCUCUUUCCGAACUUCUCGUACACGACUUAGGAUUUCGAAUAAAUAUAAUUUAUUUUUACUACGUUCCGUCUGCUUGAAAUCGAGUCUGUCAUUGCUUGUUUAGCUUAGGUUGCUUGCUUAAACCGGUACUAGGGUGUUAGAUGGUUCAACAUUGAUUGCUUCACUUAAUGUUAUUUCAUUUUUUAGCUAGAAUUGUUUGUAGACGGCUACGGGAAGGUGUUCCUGUAUGUCAGAUUGUGUGGAGGGUACGGCCAGUUCAGUCGACCGGCUGGACCGUAUUCUGGAGGUGUCGAUGAAUCGUCUGAGGGCGGUGUACGAGCACUAUCUCGAGUGGUUGUUAUAUUUUGGCCUGUUAGUGGGCAGCGGGUGUGCACCUCGCUAGGACCAUUGUUUGAUGUUUGGGUACUUUAGGUACCGUGAUUGUACGUAUUAAGAUUAAAUUAUUUUUAUCCGUUAUUCUAUGUCUAUGUCUAUGAAUUUUCGGGAUUAGCAUCCCAUACCUCACUGAGCGACUCCCCUGUUGCUCACCCCUCCUUCUUUCCCCUUUCAGGUGAGACCACCGAGCAGGAGUGAUUCUACUGGACGGAUGCUUUUGAGUGCUAUUGGGCUUUUGGGCUUUUUAUCACAUCUAUCGUUAUCUACUUUUAGGCCUUCGGGCUUUUAUCUUUCGUUUAUGUUAUUUCGUAUUUUCGGACUUACGGAUUUAUGUUGUUAUUUUUACUUCGGAUGUUAUCGUUAUUUACGGAUUUGACGUUACGGUAUUGUGAUGACGUGGUUGUGGACUGUGGUAUAUUAUAUAUGGAGAUUAUUAUUAUUAUUAUGA